AUGAAGGAGAUAAAGGAUCGGUCACGAGUCAAGGUGGUUUGGCCCUUGCCUCAACCUGGGGAGGUGAUGAUCAAUGAGAUCGUGGUCUUGUCCUACUGUGCUGACUCAGGAUCCGACUCAACUGGUAUCCCUCGUUCUACAGUUAUCUGUUUUGACUCUGUUAAGGUGGAUGUCGUGCUGCAAACGGCAGCAGGUACUGUGAAGCUCCCCGACGUGACCUGUUUGGUUAUGGAGGGUGAAGAGACCGAUUUAUUUCUUGGUAACAACACGCUCGCCUCACUCGGAAUUGAUGUAAGCCAGCAACUUGAACAGCUGGCUGGAGGUGCAAGAUGUUGA